AUGCAUCCUUCUACCUUGCUCACUUUGUGCGCUGCUGCCACAGUAUUAGCUGCACCUCAAUGGUCUCGGCCUUUCUCGACAAAUAGUAAGAAUGGUAACCCGUUCCAGGGCAAGAAGCUCUUCGCAAACCCGACUUGGGCAGCCAAGCUUGAGCAGACCCACGAUGCCUUCGUGGCUCAGGGCGAUGAAGUGAAUGCUAGCAAAGUCCGUGCUAUUCAGGACAUUGGAACCUUUGUCUGGAUCACCGACCGAGCAGGCUUGUCAAACAUUGACUCAGCGAUCACUUCUGCACGGGCGGCGAAGCGGUCCACCGGGGUUGACCAGAUUGUUGGCCUCGUUCUAUACAACCUGCCAGACCGUGACUGCAGCGCUGGUGAGAGUGCGGGCGAGCUGAGCAGUGCCAAGAACGGCCUAGAGAUCUACAAGAAUGAGUUCAUCAAGCCAUAUGCCAAGAAAGUAUCCGCCGCGAAGGAUCUCACCUUUGCCAUCGUGCUGGAGCCCGACUCUCUCGGAAACCUGGUCACGAACAUGGGUGUUGAGUUCUGCGCAAAUGCCGCGGAUACGUACAAGGAGGGCAUUGCAUAUGCCAUUUCGAGCUUACAGUACAGCAACGUUCAUCUCUACAUUGAUGCUGCUCAUGGUGGCUGGCUUGGUUGGGACGGCAACCUGGAACCUUCUGCCAAGCUCUUCGCAGAAGUAGUGCAGAAAUCCGGAAACAGCACAAAGAUCCGCGGUUUCUCAACUAACGUAUCCAACUACAACCCCUUCAACGCAAACCCCAGAGAGAAUUUCACUGAGUGGAGUAACUCGUGGGACGAGAGUCACUAUGCCUCCUCUCUUGCACCCCAUCUCGAAGCCAAUGGCCUACCCUCCCGCUUCAUCAUUGACCAGGGCCGCGUAGCGCAGUACGGUGCCAGGUCGGAAUGGGGUGAUUGGUGCAACGUAGCUCCAGCUGGCUUUGGUGCUAAGCCGGGCACACCUACGAACAACACGCUGGUGGACAGUCUGGUAUGGGUCAAGCCCGGUGGGGAGAGUGAUGGUCAAUGUGGUCUGGAGGGGGCCCCCCGAGCUGGAGCCUGGUUUGAUGAGUAUGUUCAGAUUUUGGUAAAGAAUGCGGAUCCUUCUGUCCUAUCUAAAUAG